CUGCUCACCACUCAGUGUGUAGCAUGGGCGUUAAGCAGAAGAAGCAGAAGGGCGCGCGCUCGUCAAACGCCGGCAAGGCACAGGCCUUCGCGCAGACAUGCAUGAACAGUAUGCAGUUCAACAAGGACAAGAAACACCAGAACCGACGUCGUAUGCGUGUAGUGCAGCUGCAACGCUCGGUGGAUCGAAAACUGCAGGAGCUGCGCGCAUUCCCCAAGAACCCUGCACCGCCAAAGCCAGCGCGCAAGGGACCCAAACCUCCAUCCGAAUGGAAGCUUAAGGGAGCGGCAAGACCAGCUGCGCUGCUGGCCAAGAUUGCAGCAGGAGAACUGGACGAAUGCGGCAACGAGUUCCCUAAGCCAGUGGAGACCUUCGAUUUGUACGAGAUGAUGUUCAAAGAGGGCAAAAUGGCGGAGCACAAUGAUACCAAGGAAUACAUCAGUCUGUUGAAGCAGCUUGCAGCGGCCUGCUGCGAGGCCGGGAUGCCUGACCGUGGCAUUAAGAACUAUGAGCUGUGCAUGAGCUUGGACAAGGCAGAUUAUUUCCACUCGCGCGAGGGUCUGGCGUGUGCGUUGGUUGAUGAAGGUCGUGGCGCUGAAGCACGCGCCUUGAUCGAGGAACACAAGGACGAGGACUCGGCCGUGCUGGCCUACUGCCAAGUGGUCAUUGAGUACGUGUCGUGGGAGGUGCUGGAAGAGGAGGGAUCUUCGGAAGAAGUCGUUCAAAAGGCAUUCCGCAAGGCGUUUGCACUGAAUCCGUUCUUGGCCGUUGUCAUCGCGUACCAUGAGGCUUUCUUCCAGGUGAUGGAGUACGUGGAGGAGAUCACGGAUCCGAAGCGUGGCUCCAUCGAAGAAGCGUUUGUCUACAUCUCGCAGAAUAUUGGCGUGUGGGUGGAUACUGUGGGCGCUCAUCAGUGGAUAGAGAAAGAACUGAACGAGCUUUCUGAGCCUGCAGCAACGAAGGAGGACGUGUCAGAAGAAAUGUACCUCGGUAUGUACGAAACAGCCAUUGAAAUGCACAAGGAAAUGCUCGCAGAAGCCGAGGCCGAAGCAGCGGCUGUAGCUGAAGCUGACGGUAGCGAUGCCGAGGGAGACGAUGGAUACGAAUUUGGCGAUUUCGAGCCUGAUGAUAUCGACGGUGGUGACAACUAG